CAAAUUAAGUCCACAUGGGAAGAUCUCCUUGUUGUGAGAAAGAGCACACAAACAAAGGAGCUUGGUCCAAAGAGGAAGAUCAACGCCUCAUCAACUACAUCAAGCUUCAUGGUGAAGGCUGUUGGAGAUCUCUUCCGAAAGCUGCAGGCUUGCUUCGAUGUGGCAAGAGUUGCAGACUCAGAUGGAUAAAUUAUCUAAGACCUGAUCUCAAGAGAGGAAACUUCACUGAAGAAGAAGAUGAGCUCAUCAUUAACCUCCAUAGCUUACUUGGAAACAAAUGGUCUCUGAUAGCUGCGAGGUUACCAGGAAGAACCGAUAAUGAGAUCAAGAACUACUGGAACACCCACAUCAAGCGUAAACUCUAUAAUCGUGGAAUCGACCCCCAAACCCAUCGACCACUCAAGAGCAUCACAACUUCCUCCACAGCCAUCGUUCCCGCCACCACCACCACAGCUUCACCACCUUCUCCUGUAGCCACCACCACCACAAGCAAGAAAAGAAGUAACGAUGACAGCAAUAGCAGCAGCAACCACAACAACAUUAACAAGAACAAUGAUUUUCAGUUAUUUAGUGCGUAUUCGGAUGUAAAGGUUGUUGGUACUGAUUCUUCAGGUGGUGAAGACUCUAAUAGUAGCAGUGGUGUUACCACAGAGGAAGCCUAUCCUCAUCAACUCAACUUGGACCUUUCCUUAGGCCUCUGUUCUCAGCCCCAAGAUUCUAAUUUCAUGAACCCAGACAUGUUAAAACGACAACGACAAGAGCAACAAGAACAACAACAAGUUAUGUACACGUGGUGUGGGAACAUUAUUAGUAGCCAAGAUAUGUGUCUGUGUUACAGUUUAGGGUUACAAAGUAACCAAGCUUGUAGCUGCAAAGCUAUGGGUUCUGGUGCUGCUGCUACUACUACUACAGUUACUCCACCUGCCACCGAUAUUAAAAUGUGUAGAUUUUACAGAGCCAAGAAUAUUAAUAUUUAGAGCUUUUAUAAUUGGAUAGAGUCCUUACAUCUAUCGUCAC